AUGAUGCGAAGGACACGGAUACAAGUUGUUGUUAUCAUUCACCUGGUCUUCGGCGGUAUUACGGUUGGAGAAAAAUGUGGAAAUUGGAGUUGGGAAAAAGUGGACGGCAUGAUGCCAGAAAGUUAUGUUGCGAGUGAUAUUCUUUAUAGUGCAGCGGAUAAUGAUGGAAUUGUAACAGCUUGUUUUGAUAGAUGUUUAAAUGCAAAUUGUACAGCAUUUUUCAUUGAUAUUGAACAAAGCACGUGUUCAAAAGUCACAACAGAAAGUGAAAAAUUUGAAACAGCGCCAACAUUUGCUUACUACCACAAAAUAUGUUUACCAGUGCCAGUGGAGUGCAGUAAAGAUAGAAUAUGGCAAGUCCAAAGGACCUUGGGAGAAAUCCUAAUAGAUACGACGGUUAAUUGGCUACCUGAAGUCAUGACGAGGAGUAAAUGCUAUCAGAAGUGCAUUGCAGCAGGCAAUAGAUGCAAAUCUGCACAAUUUCGAGCAAGCAUUGAUCUUGCUAUCGGUGAUAUUCAAGGUAUUUGCGCUCUUUUGUCUAUAGAAAGAGGUAUCAGGCCGCAAUCUUACCGGGCAGCGCCGUAUCGUGAUGAAUAUUUAGAAAUUCAGUGCCAUAAAUUAUCAAAUACUGAUUAUUGUUCAUACGCAGAGUUUAAAAAUGAGACGUUGCCAUACUCAGAUUUAAAAUUGAUCAAUUAUGAUGCAAAACAGUGCGAAGAGAGAUGCAAUGAAUCAAACGACGGAUUUAUUUGCCGUGGAUAUACGAUCGAUUACGCAUCAAAGUACUCACCAGUCUGCUUGCUGCAUUCCUAUGACACGAUAACUGCAGGAGUUAGUUCAUUAGUCAAAGUUACAAACGGAAUUUACAAAGAACGUGAACCCUGUUUAAAUCUAAAAGUAUCAUGCGGAAACUCGAGUGUAAUUAUCGAAUUAGAUACUCCAGAACCAUUCAACGGCAGAUUAUACGCGAGUGGUUACAGCGAAACUUGCAACGUGCAAGGGACCGGUUUGAAUAAAACGAUACUUGAGUUGCGGAUUCCUGAUAAAAAGGAAAUGGGCAAUGGCAAUAUUGACUGCGGAAUUCUACCGGCGUAUGCUAUAGAAGACAACAAUCAAACGCGCGUUGCCGUUUGGGUAACUGUCGUAGUACAAUUCAAUGCAAUAAUUCAGAGAUUGGGCGAUCAGUCUGUAAGAGUGGGAUGUACUUUGGACGAUGAAGUUCCGGGGCCAAGGAAUAUAACUAUAGGAUCAGGAUUUGAUUUUUUGAAUCCUAACGCGGGGCUACCACCAAUUGUUGGAACAAUUUUUAAUACCACAGCAUCGCCAAUGGUGUCGAUGAGGAUCUUGGAUGAAAACAUGCGAGAAAUCGUGUCUGCAGAAUUGGGACAAAGGCUUGUGUUGGCAAUUGAAAUGAAUCCACCUGACGGCCCUUAUGAUAUGGCAGCAGGACACUUGGUAGCAAGUAGUACCUCUGGCGAUGCAUCAAUACUGUUACUAGACGAAAUAGGAUGUCCUACCGACGCAAAAAUAUUCCCCGGAAUGUUUAAAGACCCCGUUAACAAUAAAUCACUGAUAUCAACUUUCACGGCUUUCAAAUUCCCGGACAGUUACCGAGUGAAAUUCAACGUGAUAGUGCGUUUUUGCCUGUCUGAAUGUCCUCCUGCGAGGUGCAAGGGCGACAUUGUGUCCUACGGACGGCGUAAAAGGUCAACGGCAACAGUCGCCGAAUGGAAUGAAGUCAAUUCCGAGAUGGAUACUAUUGAAGAAUUGCCGCUGGAGUCUUCAAUUAUUGUCCGGGACGCGGUAAUUGCUGCUGAUCCAUUACGCUCAGGAAAAAGCGAUACAAUUUUUUUAGCUGGCGAACAAUCAAUGGAAGGAUUACUGUGUGUUGACGCAGCACUGGCAUUAGGUCUUCUUAUUUUCUGGCUAAUUGUACAAAUUCUGUUAACAAUGACUUGUAUCUACGUGAUAAGAAAAUACCGGAGGGUUGCGCGCAAAGCCGAAGAAGACCGUGCAGACAUUUUGACGAGACAUUUGUACGGUAUUCACGGUGGUAAUUUUGAAAUUUCACGGCGGGUUCGGUGGGCGGAUCACAACGGCUCUACUAUCAGUUAA